GUUGUCCUCAGUGACAGCCGCAGCAGUUAGAGGAAGUGUACAGCUCUCAAUCUGACUGUCUGGCCAGAACAAGUUUUUAUAAAUAUGCUUUAUGAUGUAGUCUGUUAAUGUUCUCACAAGGACAGAAGGCAGAGUGGUGAUUAUUUCCAUUCACCUCAUUAUGUAAGGAACAAUCUACAAUAUGGCAUCCUGGAGAAAUUCUUGCAGUAUUAAUGUUGUGGCAGAUGAAUAUGCUGCUAUUGAAUCUGAAAUCUACCGUAGUCUGCAAACCAUUCUGAGAGAAAUGGAUGCUGAACAGACAGUUGUCAACAAAGGGAUGCUGAGAUGGACGUUACACAAGAAAGUGCAAGACAGUUCUCUCAGGAGUCUGGCUCUGGUGAGGGUCACCAUUAAAGAACUAGAAAGAGCUGAAAGAACUGAUUGCAAGAAGCAUCUCAUUCCUCUGCUUAAUACACUCAUCUAUGCAGUGAUGCAGACAGUAUACAUGCCCGAUGACCUCUAUAAAAGGGUUUAUGACUUCUGCAAGAGGUUGUUGACUCUGCCUCAGCCAUACUGUACUGUGGGCCUCAGUUAUGCUGGACAAAUGAAAACCGAACGAUUUUCUCCAGGCGUUUUAUAUCAAAAAAGGAUACUUGCAGAACAAAAUCUAAGAAAUGAACACUAUCCUCAGCAGGAAAGGGUAUUUGUGUUUGCGGAUCCUGCAGUGUUUUCAGAGUCUCUCAGCAGCGUUUUAAAGGCUGACAUUGAGACUCAAGGAAUGUUCCGGAACCCAUUGACCAUGAUGCGCUGGGCUGUGCAGCACAGCCUUCAGGCGGUACUGGGAGAGGACUGUGAUGGACCCUCUCUCAAUGAUGCGCUGCAGGACCUGGAGCUGGACGUGGAGUCGUACUUUAAUGAAGUGCUUGCAGCGGUUGAACAAAGCACAGAUGUGAACAGAGGUGAACGGGGUCAGAUCAGACAGAAACUGCAAGAGUUAUACCUACAGAUCCUCCGGUAUACCAACAAAGGUCUAUUGUCCACUGGCCCCUUGUGCAAUGUUCCGCUUCCCAAUCCGGAGAUGAGUUUCCAUCUGUGGUGGGAGGAAGAGGAGCUCUGGAGAGAACUGGCUAAAUUCAUUCGUUCUGGAUCUGGGUCCUACGGUGAAAGCCUCUCUUUGAAUCCGGAUGAGUUCUACAUGUCGGAUCUGCCCACAGACCUCAACUCAGAGAUGCCACGGCACUCAGUCAUGUCCACGGACAGCGGGAUUGAGCGUGACAUGCAGGGACCUGAUACUUCUGACAUAGAAUUUAUUGGAGGAAGGAGCCUGAACAAGGCUGAACAAACCUGUGGGCGACUUUCACGACGUGGAGGAAUCAAGGUGAAGCCGUCGGUCACUGACAGCAUGGCUCUGAUGCAGGACGUGCUGGAGGAGACGGGCAACGCUGGCAGCAGUGGGACUCUGCAGAGGAGAGCGGGCAGCAGUGGGACCACCUUACCUAAAGAAGAACGCGACUACACUGCUAAAAUAGUAGUGAUGGGGGAUGAUCGGGUACUGGGAAGACUAGCCAGGGCAUACUACUGGUUAAGGAAACGUGAGGCCAGGAGACGUUUUCUUACAAUGAAAGUCAACCUACAGAUGUACUACAUACCUGUUGCUCGCGAUUCGUCUGCAUCCUCCCCUGUGAAGGAGAAUUUGCCUUCUAAAAGCAUUAACAUCUGUGCUCUGGGCUCAUAUCUUGGAAUGGUGGAUCCAUGGUACGAAUGCAAUGUCUGUAGUCUUGGACAGAUGAUUCCUGAUUUUGCAAGAACGUCAAGCAUUGGUAAAUCACAAGAGCCUGACCUUUUCUUAGCUGACAUCAUCUCAUACUAUGUGCGUAUGGGACAGCAGCCAGUGUACUUCAACAUUUACUACAUCAAGAUUUUCUUUUCCCACAGAGAAGCUAUUGAAGAAGUUUUUGUCACAGGUCUGGAAGUGGAUUUCCCAGAGUUUAAAACAAAUAAAGACACUUCCAAGCAGAAGAAGAUGCCACUUGAUCUAUGCGGGGUUCUCGUCUCCUUUAGCUACUUAAAAGUGUCGCUAAGCAACAGAGAGGUUGAGAAAGGGUUCUCACUCAGAACCACUGGUGCCCAGAUUUCAGCAAUACCACAAAACAAAACUGAAGAUCUCAACUGUCUCGCUGUCACUUUCAAUGACACAAAGCCAAAGAGCAACACAGAGAUAAAGAUCAGAACAUGCAAUUUCAAACUCAAGACGCCAGAAAAAACAACUUUCAGUGUGUGUUUGGACAAAGACUUUCGAAGAAAAUUUAUGGAUGUUGAAAGCAUUGAGGUCACUACAUGUCGGGACCCUGGAUAUUACGUUCAAAAAUCCUUAAAGUCAAAGUUCAUGACAGAAGACGACGCUGACGCUGAUGCUGGACUGAGCAAAUACAUGAGCAAAGGAUUGACUCUGCCCAUAAACACAUUUGCAGGAAUAAUCGAUUAAUGAACAAAGAUGGAGGAUGAAGAGCUUGCGGUGACUGCAAAGGCCAGUUCUUGCUGUUUGUUUUGUGCAUUGUGUUUUAAACAGUGCACUGUACAGUUGUGUCUCCGUGUGACACUUCACCAAGCAGGUUUUACUGCAUUAUGUACUUUUCAUUUGUGAAUCACAAGUUGAUCACUGAUACAGGAAGUAUUUAAUCUUAAACACAGAUAAUUUACUAACACUAAUGCUGGCAUGGUAUUAAGUUUCUCAUAGACUUAAAGAAACACUCAAUUUCAGGGGAAAUAAGCUCAUUUUACAAGUUACCUGGUGUUAAACAAUUGAGUUUUACCUGUUUUUAACCUAUUCGACCAAAUUCCCAGGCACAUUUAGGUUACCAUGAAUCAUUGAAUUGGAUUAGAUCAUUAGCAUCUCAUUUCGAGUUUGCGUUAUUUUAAAAUUUAAAGCAUUACUCUUCUGUAGUUACAUCAUGCACUAAGACUCAGAAAAUAAAAAGUUAUUAAAAUAUUUUCUGUCAAUAUCAAGGAAUUGUACUCUCAUUCCAUUGUAAUAAUCAAUGAACCAUGGCUGCAGCAGGCACAAUAAUAUUAUGCAGCACAUGAAAAUUGUCCACAACUAGGUUACCGGGUAACAGCACUGUGUUUGUGCUUUUAAUUUUAGUAUGGCGUAUCUACAGAAGAGUUCUACUUUAAAUAGGAAUAUUAUCAGAACUUAUAUUUUUUUUUCCGAAAUGCUAAUGGUCUAAUCCGAUUUAAGUGUUUAUGCUAAGCUAAACUAAAAGUGCUCCUGCAACUCCCAGAGAUAAUCCAAUGUAUGUAAAUAUGUUUCUUUUGUAUAUAUUUGUAAAGUAUGUUCUGAAAUUUCUCUAUUUAUGCAUAGUA